AUGAUGAGAAAUAGGGACGGCUUCAAAGCGCAAAGUUUAGAAAUUUGUGAAGGGUCGUUUCAGCAACCCCUGGAUGGCGUACUUGGAAUGGCUUUUGGGGAACUGUCGUCAAGAGGGGCUCCUCCCAUCUUUGAACGCGCAUGGAAACUCGGCAUAGUUGAUCCCAUAUUUACCUUCUACAUGAAGCGCGGCGAUGGAUACAAUGCUAAAGGUGAUUUUGGUGGUGUAGUCACAUACGGUGGAAUAGACCGCGAGAACUGCGGCGAUGUGAUUGCUUAUGAGCCCCUUGUUACAGCAACGUACUGGAAGUUCAGGAUGAAUGGGUUUUCCAUUGGUAACUAUAGUGCCAAAUCCAGUUACGUUGUCAUAUCUGAUACUGGUUCGUCAUUCAUCGGUGCAGGGCACGAAGAAGCGGAUAAAAUUGCCAAGGCUUUCAACGCGAAGGUAGCAUUUUCUUUCAGCAAUCAAUCCAAACUCUUUAGUUUUGCUUUUCCCUCCUAUAAAAAUCAUAGUGUCACCCAAUACUGUGUUCGCAAAAUUUUCAAGAUAGCGUCAUAGGU